AAGAUUCAAUUAUAAUCAAUAUUUUAGUAAAAAAAUUAUUAAAUUGUGAUUUAAAAAAUGAAUAAGAAAUUAGCUAUUAUCUUAGGUUUACUUCUUAUUUCUUCUUGUGUUUAUGCCCAAGUUGAAGAUGAUGAUACUCACGCUGCUCCUGAAGUUGAAGAAGUUUAGGUAGAAUAAGAAGCUGCUGAAGCUGAUGUUUAAGGAAGUUUUGGAGGUUAAGACUAAUAACCUGAUCCUGAAGAAUUAUUGAAAGAUGAAUCUUUUAGAGAAAGAAUUAGAAAUUUAUACGUUUCCUGUAUUGUCACUUCUCGUCAUAAAUUAAACAAUUAUGGUGAAGAAUUAAUGGGAUUAUUAAAAGGAAUUCAAGACAAGCAAAUUCAAUAAAAUCUUUACAAGAAGAUGCUCGCUGAACACAUUUACACUUGUGCUCUCUAUGGUACUCAAAACCCUGAUACUCCUGAUUAAAUUAUCAAGUCCUUACAAGAUAGAACUUUCAAGAUUUCUGACUGGGAAGUUAUUUACAUGUCUUUGGAUAUCAAGAAAUACAACGACCCCAACUACAACACCUAACUUACUGAUGAUGAAUAAAACAUUUUAAAGUUUGUUGAUUAAUUUGAUGAGGCCAUGAAGCAAUAAAACGGUGGUAAAACUGGUGGAGAAGCUGGUGAAGAAGAUGAUGAUAUUCCCUUCCUUAACUAAAAAACUUAUGAACCCAAAAUUGGUAGUUUCUCUUUGAGCAAUCUCUCUUCUACUACUCAAUUAUUCUACUUCGUUGCUAUCAUCUUAGCAUUCGGUGGUAUUAUUGCUUAUGGUUACAAGAAGAUUGAAGAUGAUGGUCCCAAGAUUAAGACCAAGAAAGACAAAAAGAAAAAUUGA